AUGGGACAGAUCAGUCCCCGCUUGGCAUUGCUUGUGCUGCAGCAGUUUGACAAGUCUGUCAGCGAGGCCUUGUCUCAGCGAGUCACAGCAAAGGUUACAUUCAAGGCUAAACUGAACACUUACCGGUUCUGCGACAAUGUCUGGACGUUUGUGCUGCACAAUGCCGAGUUUCGCGAGACUCCGGUCCAGGAAAUUGCAACAGUCAACAAACUGAAAGUGGUGGCCUGCGAUGGCAAAGGUCCGGCAAACGUGAAACAGGUUUAA